AUGCAUGACAUUAGAGUCGACAAUGAAGAUCAUGAGAGAACACAUGAGUACAUGCCAGCACCGGAUAGUCAAACCGACGAUCUAGACUAUGACUAUUCCGAGAGAAGGGACUACUCUAUGUCGCCUUACUCGUCCUCUAUUCACACGCAUGGGUCAAGACCUCAAAACUAUCUACGGAAGGACGCACUAAACUGGUGGGAGAGUGUGGAUCGACAAAAAGGCCAGUAUGUCAAUACUUGGGAGAAGUUCAAACACGAGUUUGAGCAGAAGUAUUUUCAACCAGAAGCACGGGAUCGUCUACCUCAAGAAUUUCUGAGAUUGGAGCAAGGCGAGAAGAGUCUACGAGCCUAUGAAGCGGAGUUUAUGAGGUUACAGAGGUAUGCCUCAUACUGUAACGAGGAUGAUAAAGCCCUGGUGAGACAAUUCAUGCAAGGCUUAAAACCGGAGAUAGGAGGUCGACUACAAUCUGUCAUUUUCACCAACCCUCAUGAAGUGAUAGAGAGAGCGGUGAAUGUAGAGACAUAUCUACAAAAGGAGAAAGCGGCGUGGAACAAAAGGAAAAUGGAGUUCAACGCAACAACCAAGUCAAAGAAGGGAGGUCAAUCUUCUAAUCAAGGAAAACCCCACAAGGGUAAUCAGAAGUCUGGAAAUGGUGAUCGAGGAUGCUACCCAUGCGGAGAAAAGGGACAUUUCUCAAGAAAUUGUCCUCGUUCCUUCAAGACAACAGAAUCUCUCAUGCACGUCAGAUGCUAUCUUUGUGGCGAAUUUGGGCAUUACGCCACUAGUUGUCCCAACAGAGUUGUUGGAACAGCAGGAGGAUCCGGCAAACAAAAUGCACCACCCCGACCAAUGAAAGUAUCCCCGGCUAAGCGUCUAACUUCUUCGGGUCUUUUGGAGCAUUCUGGAGCAUAUGGACAUGAGGAGCAUGGAGGGACUUGGCACAUGGAAGCAGCUCAACUGGAUACGCAAAGGAAGAAGGGAGAAGCCAUCUUGAAGACCAGCUCGACCGUCUACUCGACCAACCGGUCGAGUUCCUCAACUCGACCGGCCAAGCUUCAACUCGAUCGAGCUGGAAGUCAAAGUCAAACCCGAAAAAUGUUGCUUCCCCCUUGA